AAAAAAAAAGCUACGAUUUCCUUAUUGAAUUAAGGGACUUUAUUCUUUUUCUUUCUCUUUCACAUUUUUGGCUAAUGUUAUUAGGAAGUUUUAUGCUCUUUUUUCUAGGCCUUGGAUGUAUUACUUGAUUUGUCUGCUCCAUCAUGCGAGCAAACCAGGGAUUGGAGUGAUAAUCUGAACCAUCAACAAGAUGCAGGGAUGAUCAUUGAACAGUUUGAGAACUUGACAGAUAGGGAAUCGGAAUGCACCUCUUACUCAUCUGAAGCUGAACUUCAGGACAGUAUAUGGUCACUUAACUAUGACUCUAGGAAUUACUCAAAGGUUCGUACUAGCUCAGAAGCUGUCUCUCCGAUGAGUCCAACAAGUAAUGUGUCAGAUCUUCCUCAAAAAGUGUUGGAAUCUUUGUUUAACUUCCCAAAGAGUGCUGAACAUGAUCCAAGAACUAUGAACUGGAGAAAUGUAGUAAAGAAAAUGAGGUCACUGGGACCUGGGUUUGAUGUUUGUACUUCCAGAGUUGCAGAGCAUCAACAAGAUAGCUAUGCUAAGGGAGAUGAAUAUCAUGUAUUAAGAAAGACAGCCAAUGAGCAUUGGGAUUCCAUGAGAUCUUAUUAUCAGAAAGCUGCAGUGGCUCAUUCAAAGGGGCAAUGGGAAUAUGCAGCUUACCUUUCUGAUCAGGGGAAGAUACAAGCUAAAUUGGCCCGGGCAGCUGAUGAGAAAGCGAGCCAGGAUAUAUUUAAAGCUAGGAACAAAGGAAUAGAAAAUGCGAUGACAAUUGAUUUGCAUGGACAACAUCUCAAACAAGCAAUGAGGCUCUUGAAACUGCACCUCCUGUUUGGGACCUAUGUGCAUUCAAUUCAAACUCUAAGGGUUAUCACAGGGUGGAAAUGUUGAAUCUAGAGAUGUUUGUACCUGGUAAAACGCUGUUCUUUUGUACAUUAUAACUUAUAAGCAGUCAUGGAUGUAUUCCGUUUGCUACUAAUUUGCAUAUUGCUGU